GAGGCCCCCAGCAUUGAGAGGCUCUUAUCCAAGGACUGGAAGGACAAGCUACUGGCCAUGGGCUCCGGCAACUUUGGAGAGAUCAAAGUCUCGCCCUCCUGCUCCCUCCUUCUCUCAUCUGGUUCUGAACUGCCCUGGAAUGUGGCCCCUGCCGAAGGAACCCCGGACAGCCUGGCGGAGAAGGAGCGUCAGCUGAUGGGCAUGAUCACGCAGCUGACCAGCCUGAGGGAGCAGCUUCUGGCGGCCCACGAGGAGCAGAAGAAGCUGGCCGCCUCGCAGAUCGAGAAGCAGCGCCAGCAGAUGGAGCUGGCCAAGCAGCAGCAGGACCAGAUUGCCAGGCAACAACAGCAGCUUCUUCAGCAGCAGCACAAAAUCAACCUCCUGCAGCAGCAGAUCCAGCAGGUCCAGGGUCAGCUCCCUCCUCUCAUGAUUCCCGUUUUCCCGCCAGACCAGAGGACCCUGGCCGCGGCCGCGGCCCAACAGGGAUUCCUGCUCCCGCCCGGAUUCAGCUACAAACCUGGCUGCAAUGACCCAUACCCUCUGCAGCUGAUCCCCACUACCAUGGCAGCGGCUGCCGCGGCAACACCCGGCCUUGGUCCCCUCCAGCUGCAGCAGUCAGACCUGCUGUCCUCCAUCAGUUCAGGGGCCUACCUGAAUGACCACGAGGCAGUGACCAAGGCCUUCCAGGAGGCGCGGCAGAUGAAGGAACAGCUCAAGAGGGAGCAGCAGGUCCUGGACGCCAAGGUGGCCGCCGUCAACAGCCUGAGCCUCAACAAUGGCCGCUCAGACAAGGAGAAGGCUGCCCUUGAGAGUUUGAGCCAUCAGCUGAAACAGACAGAGGACAGCAAGUUCAGUCAUGCCAUGAUGGACUUCGGCAUGAGCGGAGACUCUGAUGGCAGUCCCAGUGUGUCGGACUCACGGAUGUUCCGUGAGGCUCGUGGCCGUGACCGGAACGAGCCUCACAUCAAGCGCCCGAUGAAUGCCUUCAUGGUGUGGGCCAAGGACGAGAGGAGGAAGAUCCUGCAGGCCUUCCCCGACAUGCACAACUCCAACAUCAGCAAGAUCCUGGGCUCCCGCUGGAAGUCCAUGACUAACCUGGAGAAGCAGCCGUACUACGAGGAGCAGGCGCGCCUCAGCAAGCAGCACCUGGAAAAGUACCCCGACUACAAGUACAAGCCCCGGCCCAAGCGCACCUGCCUGGUGGACGGCAAGAAGCUGCGCAUCGGCGAGUACAAGGCCAUCAUGAGGAACCGCCGGCAGGAGAUGCGCCAGUACUUCACCGUAGGGCAACAGGCCCAGCUGCCACUGGCCUCAGCAGGCGUGGUGUAUUCAAGCACCCUCUCCAUGGCUGGCAUGCCGUCCCCCCAGAUGCCCUCAGAACAUUCCAGCAUGUCCAGCAGUCCCGAGCCCGUGGCGCCACCCACCAGCCAGGGCUCCGCCUACCUCAGCAGCCCCGCCACCAAGGGGGAGGGACCUUGCAUCAAGGAGGAAGAGCUACGUCUCGACGACAGCAAUGGCGACGCCUACGAGGACUUUGACUACGACGAUGAUGACGGCGAUUACGUCAGCGACGGCGAGAACCACAUCACCGCCCAGUGAAGUGGCCAAUCAGAAGCCGCUGUCCAGUGAAAAAUCAGCCAAUCACAACCCACCAAACCUCUGCAUCAACCCCCACCCCAACCCCCUGCCCCUUUUCACUCACAAACCCCUUCCCAAAACUUUUGCGGGACUCCAAUCUAAUGGGAGCCAGGCCCCUCCCCUCUUUCUCAAGCCCCACCCCUUUUCUCCCUUCAAACCAGCAAGCCAAGCACAGGACAGGAGCUGUCAAUCACGUUAACUGACUGUUACACAAACAUAGGUCUGAGUGGGCGGCCAUCUUUGGAUGUGGCCAUUGUGUUGCUAAGGCAGCUGACUGAUGCUGACCUGCUAAGAGAAACCAACAGGAGUGGAUUCAGUCCACCUAAGCAGACCUUGUUUGUUGUUGAAAUGACAUUGUUAAAGAGGAAAAUUUUAAAAUCAAGAGGACCUGAUAAAGUUGAAGAUAAAAAACACUUUUUAAAAAAGGUUGGCGUGUUUGUUUAUAUGAAGAGACACUUUUAAACAGGAGUUUUUGUUUUCUUUUGUUUGUUUGUUUAUUUGUUUUAUUUGUUUGUUUUCUGGGUUCUUAAAUAUUCUCACUCAGGUACACGGUGCCAAUAAGUGGCUUGUGAAUGUGACUUGUUGUUUUUGUGCUCUUGUUUCGCUAGACGUUCUUUUGUUUCAUUGUAAAGCACCUGACCCGUGGAAGAAAAGAAAGAAGGACACUCGCUUUUCUUUUCUCUCGAUCCACGGCGUGUUAGCAGCGAUUCUCUCGCUCUGUUUUUACCCCUUCCCCACCCCACCACAAUCUCACUCUCUUUCCAUCAGAUGUCUGAUCGCAUCUCUCACCGUCCGACAACGACUGAACUGACCAGGAGGACCAAUCAGUGUCCUCUGCCAUGGCACAGUCUGGACACGAGACAGACAGUAUCCUCCGAUACACAUCACAGAACAGUGUUGAUUUUCAACCGACACACAUAUUGAUUUGUGCUGUAUUGAAGACAUAUCUGAGACUUGUUUGAGACAUAUUUGAGACUUGUUUGAGACAUAUUUGAGACAAAUAUUCAGUUUGGAUCACUCAGCAUAUGUUCAUCGUUUCAAACCCUCACUGUUCAUAGACGUGGAUUUAAUCUGUGAGAGGUUCACCUCAUGGAACAUUUGUCAUACUCAACAUUUGAUGUGAGAUGUUUGAAAAUGUUUGAGAGCAGUAGACACACACACACACACACAUCUCUCUCUCACUCUCUCUCUCUCUCUCUCUCUCUCUCUCUCUCUCUCUCUCUCUCUCUCUCUCUCUGUGUUCUGUCCCUGGGACUGGAUCUGUUAGUGAAUUGGCACUCAGACAAGAUGAGAGUCUCUCUCCCUCUCUCUCCCACCCCAAAGGAAGCUCCCAGUAGUCAGCGUUUAGAGAAUUACUCUGCUCCUUAAAAUCAGAAGUAAAAGCACAGUCUCUUUCUGUGUGUGUGUGUGUGUGUGUGUGUGUGUGUGCGCGUGUGCGCACGUGUGUGCAGUGUGUGUGUGUGUGUGAGAGAGAGAGAGUGUGUGUACAUGUGUGUCUUCCCAGGCAGUGUUUGAACAGCCUCUCUUCAGUGACAAAUCUCUCUUUAGGGGGUUCUUUCUCUUCCGCUCCCUCCUUCUCUCUCUCUUUCUCUCUCUCUCUCUCUCUCUUCAUCACCACUCAUCCCUCUGUGCCCUGAUGCAGCUCUGACUUUAUUACUCUCCUUCUCGCCGCACCUGUGAUGUGAUGAGUGUUGCUACGGCGGCGCCUUCAUAUCCACGGUGACGGACGGCUCAGUGUGACACUGUCAUGGAAGCCCAGACUCCUCACAGAUCCAUCCUUUCUCUCUCUCUCUCUCUCUCUCUCUCUCUCUCUCUCUGUCUGAUGUCAAAACUCCCUAACGGUCUCUUUCUUUUAGAAAUCCUAAUCUGUUGCCAAUGUUGCAACAUCCUUCCACAAAGUUAUAACUAUAGAAUAUCCAACUCUCAAUCAUAUCUCAUACCAUAGCUAACCAGAGCUGUUUGUGUGUGUGUGUGUGUGUGUGUGUGUGUGUGUGUGUGUUAUAAUGCUGCUCUCCACUGUCAACUCUCACGCUAUUGCUUUAGGGUAUUGCCCAUUUCUCAUUCACGUCGUACUCAUGGUUACUCUGCUGUCCUCACUUGAGGUCCCCAUUGGCUGGGUGGGGUGUCACUCAACUGGCCCCACCCACCGCAAGGUGGCUGUGCUGUUGUCAUUGGAGGAGGAGCUGAACUCACUCUGCAUGGCAGUGUUUUUUUUUUUUGUUAGUUUUUGGAUUGUUUGUCAUUUUUUGGAAUACUGUAUUUUAUUUUUUGUUUUGUUUUAUUCAAACUGCCUCUAGUGUAAUAAUAUUAUUAACAUUAAUUAUAAACGAUGGUCAUCUUUUUUUCUCAUAAGUUUUAGUAAGUUAUGUACAGUAUAAUUUAUUAUUUUUCCUCGUCUUUUUUAUGACCUUUAUGAAAUUGUGCUCAGAGAAGCAUUAUAUUUAGCAAGUAGACAUUUUGAUCUAAUGUGUCCUUUAUUGCUUUCGUUUUUUCUUUUGUUCCACAUUUGACUCUUUUUCCCUUUCAUUUCAUUUCUAUUCAUUUCCUUAUUCAUUUUGUCAACGCUGAUUUAUCCUCGAGACGUUACAACAGCGGAUUGCCGUGACCAAGGAAGCGGAUACUCUCUCGUUUCCCCGCGAACGCAUUCCACGACGAACUCUCUCUCUUUUUUCUGAAAGCACUCAAACUCUGAAGCACUCAGAGUAAAAGAUGAAGAACAUGACUUUUUUUGUUUUGUUUUGUUUUGUUUUUCUGUAUAAUGUGAAGUUUCCUUUUUCCCCUUACUUUCUCCCUUUACUUUCGAAGAUAAUGAAAGACACCAAUAUAUAUAAUUAUUAUUAUUAUUAUUAUUAUUAUUAUUAUUGUUAUAAGUAUUAUUGUUCUUACCCCACUGUCAUUGAACAAAAGAGCAGUGUGCUUGAUGUUUACUGGGUUCCGGAAUUCACUUGAGACUUACUGGAAUGUCAUUGGCUGAGGCAGAUGCCACCACUGCACCUACUUGACCAAUUAGCAGCAAUUUAGAAUUCUCCCAAGUAAUCAAUUUAACUAUCACUUACAGGGUAGUCAUGCAGUCAUUAUAUAUGUUCAUCAGGACAAGGCCUCAUGAGUACAUUCACAUUCAUUCAUUUAGCAGACACUUUUAUCCAAAGCUGCUUUCAGUGCUGUGCAGAUAUCCAUGUAUAUGCUAACUGGGUAUCAAAUCCAAAUCCUUGGCGUCGUUUCCCCCUUGCUCUACCAGUUUAACCCACGAGAGCAUGAGUUUGGUGUAGAUAGCACUACGGUUAUCACUUUAUCAGUUUCACACUCUAAGUGUCCACUCAACACCACGCAGAGCUGUGAAUGGCAGAGCUGCACACGGUCAGUUCCACUGCCUGGUGGGGUCUGCCCCAAUGAUGCCCAAUUUGUCAUGGAGGGGCACCAGAUCACCCCCUCCUCUACUUUACUUUAUUUAACUUGACCCCCAGCUAGUGCAGGUCAGUGUCCUCUCUCUCUCUCUCUCUCUCUCUCUCUCUCUCUCACUCUCUCUCUUUCUCUUUCUCUCUCUCUCUCUCUCUCUCUCUCUCUGUGCCCCAUGCCAUGGAGUAUCCAUAUAUCUCCGGUCAGUAGGUGAUGUUGUUGGACCCCCCCUCCCAGACCCUCCUCACCCAAUCAGAGCCUGCCAUCCUGAGACAGGCAGAGGACCAAUAUAGCUCCCUGCCAGAUAGUGAGCCAUAUUAGUUUUGUGUGCGAGAACCUGAACUUCACCACUGACAGAUCGUGAGCAACUUUCGCUCUUUGCGCCAUAUAGAGGACCUCACAAUCUACGUCAGUGGUGAACCUCCUGGUGGAGCGUAUGUGUGUGUGUGUGUGUGUGUGUCUGUGUAAAGGAACCGUGAGGAGGUCUGACUGUCUUACAAAGGAAGUAUGUAUGUGGUUAAGGAAAUGUAAAAAGAACCCGUCAAUCAAUGGUAAAUGACAUAUCUGAAGGACAAGAUGAGGAUGACGAUGGUGAUGAUGGUGAUAUGGCGAUAUGGACAAUGAGGAUGAUGACAAUAGUGAGGAAUUAUAAGAACCAUGACAAUCAAAGUCGUUCACGGGGCUCAGUAAACAGUUAAUGAAUCCAAUACAAAAGUAAGCGUACUUUUAAAAAAAGAAUACUUAUCCUACCAUCUCAACUUGAAAUCGAAAGAAGAUAAUUAUGUAAAUAUAACAUAGAGGUAUAGAUUUAUAUUUUGUUCAUAACACAGUGUAAUAUAAGUUGUAUAUUUCUUUGUUCUCUUUGAUUGAUGUUAUUCAUGCCACAAAUAAAAAAAAAAACAGGAGUUUGAUGUACUCUUACAAACAAACAAAAAAAGGAGAAAAAAUGCGUACAAAUGGAAAAAAAAAAUGAAAGCAAAUCAGCCAAGACGUGGGCUGCUGCCACCUGUUCCCACGUCUGAGUUCACUUUUUUCAGUAUUACUGCCAGUGGAGGCGCCAAUAAAAAACAGCAAUGUGUUCCGUA